AUGUCUGACAAAAAGAUGACAUCCAGCCGCAGGCAUCACCUCAAGAGUCUCAUUCUUGGGAUUGCCGCGAACUGGCUGGAGCAGGAGAAGAAAGACCUGGUCGCAGCCAAGGAGGCCUACAUGAUCGAGGCCUGUCCCGCCCCAGACAUGUCCGGGGACCAGGCCGCCCUCAUGGAGCUGGCCAAGAAAAUCUCUGCUCUGAUCGACAAGAUUGAUGAGGAGAGGUACGACGCUGAGGCCAAAGUGCAGAAGGCAGACAAAGAGAUUGAGGACCUGAAGAUCAAAGUGGUGGACCUGGUGGGAGUGAAGAAGCCUGCGCUGAAGAAAGUGCGUAUGUCUGCUGAUUCCAUGCUCGCGGCUCUGCUGGGCUCCAAACAUAAGGUCACCAUGGAUCUGAGGUCCAACCUGAAGCAGGUCAAGAAGGAGAAGAAGGAGGAGUCGUCAGAUUCCGUGGGUGACUGGCGCCAGAACAUUGAGGAUAAGGCUGACAGGAAGAAGAUGUUCGAGACUUCCUAA